AGAUUUUAAUUUCUUGAGUUCAUCCGACGCUAAGAAGAAGAUCCAAGAUUUUGAUUUCUUGAGUUCAUCCGACGCUAAGAAGAAGACUUAAGAUUUUGAUUUCUUGUGUUCAUCCGACGCUAAGAAGAAGACCUAAGAGACUAUGAAGCGUUUUGUUUUCUUACUACUAACUUUGGCCUUGGUGGCGGCAGUCCCGCAGCACAAUCCUCAAGCUCAGGAUGAAAACCAAGCCAAAGGCCCUGACCAACCUAUACCCAAAGAAGAUUUUGAGAAUGCGAGGGAAUUUCGCGACAGGAAUUUGCAGACCCUUGAAGAAGACGUACCCAUAGACGUUGAAAAUUCAGGGAAAUUUCGCGACAAGGAUUUGCAGCCUCUUGAGGAAAACGCACCCGAAGACGUUUUCGACAAUUCAGGGGGAUUAACCGAAGAGAAUUCCUUGACUCUCGAAAAAAGAAAAAAACGAAAAAACCGUCGUAGACGUGGUGGGCGUGGAAGUAAGGCUACUUUUUCAUACUUUUAAAAUGGUCAUUUAUUAUUCCAUUUUCUCUUUUCUCGGUUCCUUACUUUUUUCAUUCAAUAUGAAACGUCGAAGGUGUAACUCUAAUUCUCAUUUCUUACAAAUUUAGUGAACAAAUUCUGGGUAUAGUAUACAUGUAUUACUCAAUUCGAGUUCGGCUACGAAUCAUAUUGAAGAGGCCCAGGGUCUAGCUAUUCCCUAUACUGAAGAAAUUCCUGAAGGAAGAAACUUCAGGCGCUAUGCGGUUUGUAAGCAUUCUACAGUUUCCCCAUUUCUCUUGCCACAAAGCUGACUGUCCUAGUCCAGACGGAUCCAGACGCACAUUUGAUCGUGAAUAUGUAAUUUGAUCGACGAUGAUUUCAGAAAGAUGUUUACAUUACUGAGAGCCCGACGUUGCCAAUUUUUUCCCGAAAAAUUUCAUAAUUUCCGCAGCAGGGGGGCUACAGCCGCUCUCCCCCCUCCCGGUUCCCCAGCUCGAAAGCUUAUGCUUCAGGCCCUCCAUAGAAUUAAUGGAAGAACAAUUUUUUCGUGGCGGUGUGAAUCUCUAGGUAUAGCCAGCAGCACAAUAAAGGGUUUGGAGAAGAAUCGAGGAAAAUCACUGUGAAAGCUGUGAUGAAACGAUUUAAUGAAAUGGUUACACCUGCAACUAUCAUGAGGGAAAGAGGCACGUAGAAACACAGCAGUUAAAUGUAAACGAGAAAUGCGUUCAUAGCUGACUUUUUCUGCACAAAAUGUUCUCGUUAGUUGCCCCUUGUUGUUGAUGCAUACACUAAAACUGUCUCUGAUGGCGUCGAACGAGGAGAUAGAUUUUCACGUAAACGAUUAAGUUUCUAACAUGAAGGCUGAAAAAAGUAGCUGAUAAGACACCGUAAAGUACGCUUGAAUCCCACAGGCAGGAGAAGGCAAUAACACCAGAAAGAGCUCAAAUAAAAAUAACAACGCCAGUGACACGAAACGGCUUCACCACAGCAUGGUAUCGCAAAUGCAACUGAAGAGCAAGCAAGCGCUCGAUUCCAAUUGCUGUAACAGUAAUGAAAGAAGCAACACUCAAAAAUGCCGCCACAAUGUUGUAAAGUAAAACGACAUGUACAG